AUGGGCAUAAGGGACGUUCAGAUUCGCGGCCAUUCUCAGCUCGUUAUAAACCAGCUCCAGGAAAAGUAUCGAUGUGUAAGUUGGUUGCUUGUACCAUAUCUGAAUCGCGCCAUUGAACUUCUAGACCAAUUUGAUGAUGUCGAUUUGGAGUAUAUUCCCCGCGAGUGCAAUUUUGUAGCUAAUGAGCUCGCUCAGCUGGCCACAGGCAUUUCGUUGAAGUAUGGAGUGCGCGAGCGUAUUCUGAAGGUUGAGCGUCGCACAUUACCUUCAUGGCUCGCACGGCCUAAUCCACCAGAUGAUCCUGUGGUCGCGGAGCUAGAACCUAUCGAUGUGGAUUGGCGAAUCCCGCUGGUUGAGUACCUCAAGCAACCAGACCCAACAGCUGACAGGAAGAUUCGCUUUCUCGCUCUAAAUUACUUCCUUAGAGGUGAUGAGUUGCAGCGACGUGGGGAAGAUGGCAUAGACUUUCGGUUUGGUAUCCCCGAGGUGCUUGUUUCGGACCGGGGGGCAGCGUUCAUGGGAUGCCCCGUCGAGGAGCUUGUCAAUGAUUUUGGUAUCCAGUUCAUCCACAGCACUCCGUAUUAUGCCCAGUCCAAUGGUCAAGCGGAGGCGAGCAACAAGACAAUUAUUACCUUACUAAAGAAGAUGCCAGUAGAGAACCCUCGACAAUGGCCCGACACUUUGUUUGAGACACUUUGGGCCUAUCGCACUUCUAAACGGAAUCCCACCGCGAUGACGCCGUACGCACUCAUGUUUGGUCAUGACGCUGUCUUACCAUUAGAAAUUAACGUUCAUUCUCUACGCGUGCAAGAGCAGCAUCAUUUGAUCGGUGAAGAUUACGUUCAGGCAAUGUGGUAG